AUGCUACGACAUGAGGUCCUCCCCUAUAUCCGCCAGAAGCUCGACACCGAUGGCCUCGGGGAACAGAUGCUCGCUGCGUGUCGCGCCAAGGAGGGAGACAAGGAGCUCUUCGACCCCCCCAAGUACACAACCAUCCUCAUGGGGGCUUUGAUCAUGCGGGCCGGCGGCCAGAUCAGUCCUGCCUCCCUGGAGCAUCUCCGUGCACUGGUCUCACAGGUGACCUGCAACGUGCGCUACGUGUUGCCCUUGGCUGACGAGGCGUUUCGCUCGCCGGGUCGGGCGCAGUUCUUGGCUGCUCUGUACCAUUACCAGGCUGGGGUGCCACGGAGCUUUGAAGUCACGAGCUGCUUCCACUGUGGACAGAUCGAGUCGGAUGUCGGACACGCGCUUCGCAGGUGCGGCAGGUGCAAGGAGGCUUGGUAUUGUGACAAGGACUGUCAACGCGGUCACUGGCGCGACCACAAGCACAGCUGUGUCCCCAUGGACGAGCGUCGUAUGCUUAACGUCUAG